AUGGCAUCUGCUGCCGAGAAUGCAGAUGAAUUCAAGAAGCGUGGAAAUGCUGCGUUUUCAGAAAAUAACUAUGCACGGGCAAUAGAUUUAUACACAAGUGGAAUCAAUUGCCUACGCGAAUCUACCUCUGACCUGGAAUCCACAAACUUACAUAUUUUUUACACUAAUCGCGCUCUUUGUCAUAUUAGAAUGGAGAAUCAUGGUCUGGCAAUUUUAGAUAGCGAAGAGGCUAUAUCCCUCAAACCUACCUAUGGCAAGGCAUAUUAUCGAAGGGGCUGUGCCUAUCUAUGUUUACUAAAAUUUAAAUCCGCCGAAUCAGACUUUGUACGAGUGAUGAAAUUGUCUCCGGAUGGGGAAGUUAGGAAGAAGCUUCAUGACUGUAGGCAAUUGCUGAGGCAGGAAUUGUUUGCAUUGGCAAUUAAAAAGGAUGAGAGAGCUAUGUUAUAUGAGACAUUCAACCCACAGGACAUUUUCGUUGAUUCUCAUUACAAGGGACCUGUUUUUGACGCUGAAAAUUGUGGUCCAGAGUUUUUACAAAAACUAAUCGAUUUUAUCAAAGUGCCUGGCAACAUAUUUCACCGAAAAUUCCUAGCUCAAGUUAUCAUUGGAAUGAUACACCAACUCAAAAAAUUAAAGUCGGUGGUGCAUAUUAAUGUUCCAAAGGGCAGGGAAAUUACAAUUUGCGGUGAUAUUCAUGGACAAUUUUACGAUCUUCUCAAUAUAUUCAAAAUAAACGGCAUGCCCAGUGACUCUAACCCAUAUAUAUUCAAUGGCGAUUUUGUCGAUCGUGGAUCAUUUUCCGUUGAAUGCGCUGUUGUACUUUAUGUAGCUAAAACUAUAUACCCCAACUCAUUCCACAUAAUUCGAGGUAAUCAUGAAACGGAGGCCAUGAAUAAGUGUUAUGGCUUCAAAGGGGAAAUGCUCUCAAAAUAUGAUGAUAAACUUUACACUCUUUUCUCAGAGAGCUUUUGUUUCCUCCCAUUAUCUUACAUAAUUAAUGGUAAAAUAUUCAUAGUGCAUGGGGGACUGUUUAGCGACGAUGGGAUUAAGAUUGAGCAGUUGGAGAAUAUAAAUAGGGUUAUGGAACCCAGUGAUGAAGGAUUGAUGACAGAAAUGCUUUGGUCAGAUCCUAAACCUACCCCCGGGAGAUCCCCGUCAAAACGUGGCGUUGGCUGUGAAUUCGGGCCGGACGUCACGCAGGAAUUCUUAAAAACUAACAACCUAAGCCUAAUAAUUCGAUCCCAUGAAGUCAGACAGAAUGGGUAUCAAAUGGAGCAUGGUGGAAAGCUCAUAACAAUUUUCUCGGCCCCCAACUACUGCGAUCAAAUGGAUAACAAAGGUGCAUUAAUUAGGAUUAAUGGAAACGACCUUAAACCCAAGUUUGUUCAGUUUGAGGCAGUUGAACACCCGCCAAUUGAACCAAUGAGAUAUGCAAACAGCAUGUUUAGUGGUAUACUGUAA